UGUACAAAAACCUCUAGCUAUAUCUAAAAAGCUCUUAGUUCAACAAAUUUUUUCUAUCAAUAUACAAUUUCUUUGUCAUCAAAUGUGUUUUAUAAAACGUUUGUGUGUAUUAGAUUGUGCUUGGGAACUAUUUAUUUUAGCUAGUUAUUGAAAUGUCACUUUUCAAUUAUGAGUUACACAAAAUGUAAGCUACAAAUCUAAUAACUAAUGAUUUGAUGAAUGACUAUUUGACUGAAUAUUUUUAAGAAAAUGUACUUAAUAAUUGAAUACAAUGUUAUAAUUUUUUUCGUAAAUAAGACCCCACUAAACUCGAACUUGGCUACACCACUGACUUCGCUGCAACGGAUUUGGUAUUGCUCAUCAUGUGGCCUCCAAACUGUUAAACAUAUUGGCCCAGUAGUUUUAUGACAAAAAUCAAAACGAAAACAACUCAUCAUCUACUAGAAUUUUGGAGCUUGAAGGUAAAGAAUCAAAUGUGCAUAUCAAGUUUACUGACAAUGAUUACUCCAACACUGCAAGGAAACUUUGUUUAUUGAGGACCAUUGAAGAAAAAGAGAAGACAUCGACAACAACAAUGACAACUGUCUAGAUAAUAUAGUGAGUUCAUUAUAUAUUUUCACUCAAACUUUAGAAUCACACACACCCAUAAUGUUUUCACUCUUGCUAACAUGUUUGUUACUAUAUGUCGCCAAUGCUCAUUCUUCUUCCCAAUCCAUGACAACAUAGAUUUCCUCCUCACCAUAAGUAACCGAUGACAUUAUCGAUGGUGAAUUAGUGAAUAUUGAAGAUGCUUUCUGUCACAUUAAUUACAAAGUUCGUCAAAAUAAAACUUGGAGGUUUGAAUGAUUGCAAUACAUAGUGUUGUUAAUCUUCAUAACAUCCACAUUUCAAGAACACAUGUAAUUGUUUUCGCACUUCUCCUAUUCAUUAGAUUUCCUCUAUGCUUUCUAGCAUAAAUAAUGGAAUUUCUGACAAUCAAACUCGAAUAAUUUGUCUCAGAAUGAUUUGAAAAGGUCGUCCGACCAACGAGUUAGGUAUAAGACAACCAAACUCAAAUCAUUUAUCUUUGAAUAAUUCGAAAGAUUCGUCCGACCAACUGGUGAGGUAAAACUAGAAAAUUCGGGAAAAUUGUUAUUAGUUCACUAACAGACCGUUUGGUACCAAAUGAACCGAGAAUUCAUUUUAUUGUAAAAUGAAUUACCGUGUAGAAUUCAUUGUCAAAUGAAAUCCUAUGUUUGGUAUGUUAUAUUUAAAUCAUUGAAGUGUCGUGUAGAAUUCAUUGUCAAAUGAAUUUAUGUGUUUAGUAUGUCAUAUGUAUAAGUAAUUUAGUUAAUAAAAGAGGAUAAUAAUGUCAUUCUAUUAUAAUUAGUAAAUACUUGUGGAAUUCAUUGGAAAUUCUAUCUCAAUUCGGAAUUGCUACAACUAGUUCCAAUUUCGUAAAAUUCAAAAUUUAGAAUUGAAAAUAAAUUCUUUUUAAUACCAAACACAAAAAAUAUUUUAUUUAUAUAAAACGGUUCCAAAAAGACUCUCAUAGGCUGUUCUGCUCAUCUCUAAGUCCCGAGUUCGAUUCUUCAAUACCACUCUCACUCUUUCACGUUUCACCUUCCUUUUUUUUUUUGGUUGAAACCUUCCCUUUCUUCGUCCUUCUUUUUGCCUGCAGACGACUUCUGUGAAUCAAUUAGAGCAGACUUGCAACUUCUUCCCCCCUCUUUCCCUCUCGUUCUCUACUUCGUCUACUCCAUCUGUCACUCUCUUCCGGGUCUCCACUCCGUUCCCAAUGGCGUCCCUGCAGCAGUCUCCCGCUAUCAAGGGCGCCAAAGUGCUUAUGGUUGGAGCAGGUGGGAUUGGAUGCGAGCUUCUCAAGACCCUUGCCCUCUCUGGCUUCGAGGAUAUUCAUAUUAUCGACAUGGAUACUAUUGAAGUUAGCAACCUUAAUAGGCAGUUUUUGUUUCGUCAGAAGCAUGUUGGGCAGUCUAAGGCCAAGGUUGCUAGAGAUGCUGUACUGAGAUUCAGGCCUCAUAUUAGUAUCAGUUCAUACCAUGCAAACGUGAAAGAUUCUAACUUCAAUGUGGACUUCUUCAAGCAAUUCAAUGUUGUACUGAAUGGGCUUGACAACUUAGAUGCAAGGCGACAUGUAAAUCGCUUGUGUCUGGCCGCUGAAGUUCCUUUGGUGGAGAGUGGAACUACUGGCUUCCUAGGGCAGGUGUCAGUACACGUUAAAGGAAGAACUGAUUGCUACGAAUGUAAUCCCAAACCUUCUCCCAAGACAUAUCCUGUUUGCACAAUUACUAGCACUCCAUCAAAGUUUGUUCACUGUAUUGUUUGGGCAAAAGAACUUCUGUUUGCAAAGUUGUUUGGUGACAAAAAUCAGGACAAUGAUUUAAAUGUCCGCUCGAGUGAUUCCACCGGCUCAUCGGAGCAAGCUGAAGAUGUGUUUGAACGCAAAGCUAAUGAAAGCAUUGAACAGUAUGGGAGGAGAAUAUAUGACCACGUGUUCGGUUAUAAUAUUGAACAAGCUUUAUCUAAUGAAGAGACAUGGAAAAGUCGAAACAAGCCCAGACCCAUAUACAGUAGAGAUGUUAUAUGUGCUGAACUGAUGCAGCAAAAUGGAAAUUCAGAUAAAGCUGGCUCAGCUGGUGAUCCUUUGUCGGUGUCUGCUAUGGCAUCUUUGGGCCUCAAGAAUCCACAGGAUCUCUGGAGCCUUAAGGAUAAUUCGAGAGUUUUUUUCGAGGCUUUGAAGUUGUUCUUUGGAAAAAGAGAAAAGGAGAUUGGAAGCCUUUGUUUUGACAAAGAUGAUCCGUUAGCUGUUGAAUUUGUUACUGCUGCUGCAAAUAUUCGGGCUGCUUCAUUUGGGAUCCCUUUGCAUAGCCUUUUUGAAGCAAAAGGUAUUGCUGGUAACAUUGUGCAUGCAGUUGCAACAACAAAUGCAAUUGUAGCUGGCCUAAUUGUCAUUGAAGCAAUCAAGGUGUUGCAAAAGGACUUCGACAGUUACAGGAUGUCAUACUGUCUCGAACAUGUUACCCAAAAGAUGCUUAUUAUGCCAGUGCAGCCUUUCGAGCCAAACAAGUCCUGCUGUGUUUGCUCCGAAACACCAUUAACAUUGGAGAUCGACACCAAUCAUUCAAAGCUAAGGGAUUUUGUGGAAAAGAUUGUUAAAGCCAAGCUUAGCAUGACCUCUCCAUUGAUCAUGCAUGGGUCUUCCCUUCUUUAUGAAGUUGGGGAUGAUCUGGACGAUGCUAUGAUCGCUAACUAUUCUGCUAACCUUGAGAAGGUGCUGUCUAGUCUGCCUUCUCCAGUUACCAGUGGCACAAUGCUAACCGUCGAGGAUCUGCAGCAGGAGUUCACUUGCAAUAUCAAUAUCAAACAUAGGGAGGAGUUCGAUGAGGAGAACGAGCCAGACGGAAUGGUUCUCCAUGGAUGGACGCAAGUUCCUACAAAGCCCAAGGAUGAUGAUGACAAGCCUCCUACUGGGAAUGGAGAUAGUUCGAAAACAUCACAAACAGAGACUGUCGAGGCUGAAGCAGAGGUGGUGGUCAAAAUCAAUAUUGAGGAGAUCGGCGCUUCAGGAAAUAAAAGAAAAGCUCCAGAUUCUAGGGACAUCAGCACGGAUCCUCCUUCAAAUGAUGUCAAUGAAGCUACUGCUGCAAAUCACAAGAAAGUUCACAAAAUUGACGAUGGCGAUGAUGAUGAAGAACUCGUCAUGCUUGAUCAUUGGGAUAUAGACACAAAUAAGAAGCAAAAGUUGCGAUAGGCGAAGGGGUCUUUAGUUUUUCUCACACAGCUAAUUUUGGUGCCAGUUAGGGGAAAUGAUGAUUCUUUUGUUUAGCAGGGCAUGGUUUUGGUCCUUUUAGAGAGGACAUUUCUAACUUUUCCUCGUCUCUUUUGCCCCCCUUAUCUGGUUCACAAACUGUAAAAACUAGGUUACCUCUGUUUUCCCUAAUUAGGUUCAAGAGAUCUCUUAAUCCAGGUACCUUAUUUGGUUGGAAAAUGGUGCCAUGUAAACAAAUUUCUUUGCUAAAGAAUAUUAUAAAUCUACAAAAAUCUGCAACUUUCUAUACAAAAAUUAUGUGGGUUAUGUUGGGAAGUGGGACUCUCCUGUAUUGGUUAUAAGGGAAGUUGAAUUCCUUCCUGUCUUUGUGUUUCUUCUUCUCUUUUUUUUUUAGACCCAGUGUUUCUUCUUCUGAAGAUCAGGAUGUUCUGGUUUUUCCAGGUCGAUGCAUGCAAAUGACCUUGAUCUUCCUGAAUAAUAUAUUGACAACCCUCUCCUGUCCAAAGUCCAAACUCAAAAAGAACAUGUUGCAGCAUUGUUUAAGAUGAAAAGAACAACGGAAGGAGAAUUCCAGGAGGUGGGUUCUGAAAUUGCCAUGAAGCUUUACUUAUGGGUGAGAUUACUCCUCAAAGACUCCAUGUUGAAAGUCAUUCUUGGGGUUGGACUUUCUAUGUCAUGAGAAGAGAAGGCGGAGGAAGUAGAGAGAUAGAGAGAGGAACUUGCUUUUGUAGAGGAUUUGUUGUGUUUAUAUGAGCUAAAUUUGGAAGCAAAGCCAAAGAGAGCAUAACUGGGGAAGGAUAAAAAGGAGGGAAUUGGCGGCCAGGAAGGAAGGGGGAGUUUGGGAGGUGGUAUGGAGCUGGAACGAUGGAGGGAUGGGAUAGGAUUAAUAUAUUGUUCCUUCUAUUUUCUUUUGUUGUUUCAACAAUUGAUAUUUUAGUUUUUCUCUUACUCAUAGGGAUCGAAUUAGAUGGUGUUUAUUUGUAAAAAAAGAAAAAGAGAAUUAGAUGAUGUUUAAAUAUUACUAGAUAAUUGGCCCGCGCUUUGCGGCGGGAGUGUUGAAUCUAAUUGAAUUAUAUUAAAUUUAAUUAAGUUAUAUUGAUUUAUUUUAUUGUAGAAUAAUUUCGAAUGUUAAAAUCAGUACUUUUUUACUAUGAUUUUGUAAAUGUUCUUAGAAAACAAAUAUCACUUUAUCCUGUCAGAGUUCUUUGAGAUUUUUUUAAAGGAUUCAUAAUCUGUUACUUUAUUUGAUGUAUUUCAAUAAUUCAAAUAAGAUCAUCUAAUACUAAAAAGAGUGCAUAGUUUACAUUUUGUUUCCAUUGUAUCCUCAAUUUUUGAAAUGCCAUUUGUGUUCUAAAUUUUGACUUUCCUAAUUAACUAAGAGAUUGGUCAACAAUCACUAUGUCUCUCCAUUGAUCUUUCUUACGAAAGGAAAAUAUUUGAAGUGAGCUCCAGUUUCUAAAUUUUUCACACAAAUGAAUUGUAUUAGUUUAUGAAAUAUUGCACAUUUCAAUAUUUUGGUUUAAAGUAAAUAGUUUGGUUCCUUGAGAAUUAUCCUUAUAUGUACUUUUUAUUUCGGAAUAAAGGUUUUGCCAUGAUUUUAAAUCUAAAUGUGUUGACGGAUGUUUGAUAAAUUAGCAUAAUUAAAUAUGCAAUUUUUUUUUGUGAUGGUGAUAGGAAAAAUGUCAAAAUAAUCAAUUGAAAUAAUUCCUUUGAAAACCUAAUGUUCAUAAAUAAUUUGAGUCGUUAGAAACUAAGAUUCGGAUGAGGUAUGACCGUGACAAUUUUGUGGUAUGAGGAUUAGAUAAUUAUGUUUCAAGUGUUAGAAUCAUGCACAAUUCUUUGAUUAUCCAUGUUGAUUGCUUCUUAUUAGCUUUUGACAUUUAUUGAAAUGAAGUAUGUAGGUUAUAUAUAUGUAAAAAUAAAAAUAAAAAUAAAAAUAUGGG